AUGGCCUCCAACCCCUCCUCAAAUGACACCUCCAGAGUCCCAACACCAAACCCUCGUUUCACCACCCAAGCCUCCACAGCCGCCGAUCUGUUAGCAUCUCAAACCGUCGGCCUAGUCCACCUCUCCGACUUCCGAAAGCGACGCGCAGAGGCGCUCGAGCAGAAGGAGCGCGAAGCACAGGGGACUGCCGUAAGCUUUGGCCGCUUUGCGCCUGCAUCGUCAUCUGCAUCGGGGAACUCAGUUUCAGACGUUAACAAUAGUAUCAUCAACGGUGUUUCAACUUCCCAUGGACAGCCACCGAAAAAGAAACGGAAGCACGUGGCCAAGGGAAAAUUGUCGUUUGGGGUAGAUGACGAGGAGCUGGAUAGAGUGGAGAGGAUCGAAUCUACGGAUCUGACGCCAAGAGAUGGUACGCCAGACGAAGAUGGACCCACCAGAGCGUCACCAGCCUCGUCGCGAAAUGAUUUUUCCACGGAACGAAAGCGCUUUGGGGCAAACGCCAAUCUCAGCGUCGCCCCCAAAGCAAUGACUAAGUCCGCGCUGCUCAAGGAGGCUCAGACCCGAGAACAGCUACGGAAGGAAUUCCUCUUGAUGCAAGAAGCUGUCAAAGCCACGGAGAUCAUUAUACCAUUCGUUUUCUAUGACGGCACAAACAUACCCGGUGGCGCUUGUAAAGUCAAGAAAGGCGACUACGUUUGGCUGUUCCUAGACCGAAGCAGGAAAGUUGGAGCAGAGCUGGGUGUAGGAGGCGGCGAGAAAGCUAACAGCAGAAGAGAAUGGGCAAGGGUUGGCGUGGAUGAUUUGAUGCUUGUGAGAGGUGAGAUCAUCAUACCUCACCACUACGAACUCUAUUACUUCAUCGUCAACAAGACUGUUGGUCCGAAUUCGACGCCGCUGUUCGAUUACGCCGCGGCCACCGUCCCACCGUCGGAUGGGUCCGAAUCUCCAGAUCAGAUCUCAGAUGAUUAUGACCCAAUAUCUUUGCCAUCGAAGACGAAGCAGAAGAACAACGGCCAGGUCACGCCUGCAGAUCGACACCUUGAGGGUGUGAACGCUGAUCCAAAUUUUACAAAGGUGGUGGAUCGGCGGUGGUAUGAGCGGAACAAGCAUAUCUUUCCAGCGAGUGUGUGGGAGGAAUUUGAUCCGACGAAGGACUACACCAAAGGCGUGAGGAAGGAUGCCGAGGGUAAUGCAUUCUUUUUCACCUGA